ACGCAGGCGCAGUAGCGCGCGGCGAAACCUCGGCGCGGAGGCGGCGGAGUGCGGGCAACGAGGGCACGCCUCUUUCCCCCUUCCUCGCUCGCCUCGGUGUGACGUCAGGGUCCCGGCGAAGGCGGGGCCAGGGCUGGUCAGCUGAUCGCCGACGGGCUCCGGGGUUGAUGGUCGGCGCCGCUGAGGAAGGAGAGACCCGGAGGAGGAGCCGCGAUGCCGUCGGAGAAGAGCUUCAAGCAGCGACGCACCUUUGAACAGAGAGUAGAAGAUGUCCGGCUUAUUCGAGAGCAGCAUCCAACCAAGAUACCAGUCAUUAUUGAAAGGUAUAAAGGAGAGAAGCAACUUCCUGUUCUGGAUAAGACCAAGUUCCUGGUUCCGGACCAUGUCAACAUGAGUGAGCUGAUCAAAAUUAUCAGACGCCGCCUGCAGCUGAAUUCCAACCAGGCUUUCUUCUUACUGGUGAACGGACACAGCAUGGUGAGCGUUUCGACGCCGAUCUCGGAGGUGUACGAAAGCGAGAAGGACGAGGAUGGCUUCCUGUACAUGGUGUACGCCUCCCAGGAAACAUUUGGCACGCAACCCUCUGUGUAAAUCAUGGCCAGCGGCUUGUAGCCUAGGAUAGUUUUUACCCUUCCCUCCCACAGGAAAAAAGAAAGGGAUGUCACCCACCUGCUCACGGUAGUCGUGCUUAGUGGGUGUUCUCAGCAUACUUUGUUUUGUUUGUGAAUAUUGGAACAGAGGGGUGCCAGGAUGGACAGACGGGCCAGCUUCGUAAACCUGCUCUCAGUUUGCACAGGCAUGCUUGCUUUGUAGUCUCUGGAAUCUGAUUGAAAUCAUACCAUGUGUGUUAAAGUUGCCAAUAAAAGGGAAUUUUAAGUUACUGUCAUCCUAGGAGCUGGGCUAACACUUAAUAGCAAACUGAAAUGCUUCAGUGUGACAUCUCCUUCUGUUAAGUCCUCCUCAGACCUAACAAUGUUCCUCCCACCCCACCCCCCACCCCCCGGAAAGGGAAUGAGUCCAGGUCUCUUGGCCUGGUCUCCUUUGCCAAGAGCUUUUGCCUUGGUGAUUGACAAGUCACCGCAUGUGGUGGCAGGGAAUUUUAUUCUACAGUACUGCCACUUUAGAGGGUAAAGUAUCGGUUUGCUAAAUAUUAUAUAUAUAUAUAUGUAUAUCACACACCACAGCUUUAAAUCUAGUUUUAGGGACUGUAUAUUUUAAAACUAGUUUAUGUCCUUAACAGUAACCAUCUGAAGAGGAACUUCAGUCUAACCGGAAUCUUUGUCAUUUGGUCAGCUAUAGCAUCCAAGUUGUACAUCCACCCGAGCAAAGUGGGCUUGUAUGACUCUUUCAAACAACGUUGGCAUUUUUAUUCAGAGAAACAGUCGUUGAGAGGGUGAUGCUUUGAAGGGACAGCAAGGCCCCAGGAGCCACCUGGUGAUUCUUGAAAGUGUUUCUUGGUACAUUAACCCUUCCUCCCGCUUUGUUCUUCACCUUUAUGGGAACAGAACAAAGGAGAGGCUGGCAAGGAAUUUCCCUGACUGAAAACAUGGUUUCCUGCAGCAUGAAUCGCAAGGUCUGAGCACAGGACUCUUCUUAAUUAGCUGCAUGACAUUUGAUUUCAGUGAGAGGGUGAAUUUCUCCUUCCCUAACCCUAAGGGAUAUCUAAACUUGCAAAGAGCAGCUGCUCAGUCUAUCACUGAAGCUUCUGGUCAGUUGUGUGGGACGAGACGUUAACGUUGCUGCAAGCAGGAUUAUGCCCUAUGCAAAAGGAAGAUACUUCAGCUAAGUGUCCUGCUUCCAGCUGACUGUACAGUGACAUGUAGCAGGCUGACUAAAAGUUAACUCUUGUAUAUUACUGUGUGUGAAUUUAAAUGCAUCUGUUAUAGAAAGCUAAUUUUUGCUCAGCAGACGGGGGGGAGAGCAAUGCUACAUCUUGGCACACUGUUGGACAUCAGAUAUGUCUACGGGUUGUACCACUUGCAUGCAUCUGUUUAGUGCUUGCUUCCAAUUUUUAAAGUGUUCACUGUGAGCUUUUAACCUAACUGUAAAAUUUUACCAAUAGCCUGUCUUCUGUUCAGUUAAAGAUCUUUCUUGAUAUACAAA